AUGUCGAGCAACACCAAGGGAAAGAAGAGCGGUCGCUCCGCCAUCGCCGAUGUCGUAUCGCGCGAGUACACCAUCCACCUGCACAAGAGGGUGCACGGUGUCACCUUCAAGAAGCGUGCUCCCCGCGCUGUCAAGGAGAUCCGCGCUUUCGCCGAGCAGGCUAUGGGUACCAAGGAUGUCCGCCUCGACCCCCAGUUGAACAAGAAGGUCUGGGAAGCCGGUAUCAAGGGUGUCCCAUUCCGCCUCCGUGUCCGCAUCAGCCGCAAGCGUAACGACGAGGAGGGCGCCAAGGAGAAGCUGUACAGCUACGUCCAGGCCGUCAACGUGAAGGACCCGAAAGGACUCAACACCACUGUUGUCGAGGACGCUUAA